GCGGGAGGCUCGAGGCCAGCCCGGGACCGGGGCUGGGCGCUGGAAGGCGGCGGCGGCAGAGGCUUCAGCGGACGCCCGCGCUCCAACGCCCCGGGGAGGUGGGGCCGAGAGAACCGGAUGGCGGCUCCCAGUGCUGACCUCGGCAUGUUCAGGAUGUUUCUGUUCCUGUUUCUGCUGUGGUUUCUGCCCCCCACUGAGGGGUCCACGCGGACUGAACCCAUGUUCACGGCAGUCACCAACUCGGUCCUGCCCCCCGACUAUGACAGCAACCCCACCCAGCUCAACUAUGGUGUGGCAGUGACUGAUGUGGACCACGAUGGGGACUUUGAGAUCGUUGUGGCAGGGUACAACGGUCCCAACCUGGUUCUGAAGUACGACCGGGCCCAGAAGCGGCUGGUGAACAUUGCCGUGGACAAACGCAGCUCCCCCUACUAUGCACUGCGGGACCGGCAGGGCAAUGCCAUCGGGGUGACAGCCUGUGACAUCGACGGGGAUGGCCGUGAGGAGAUCUACUUCCUCAAUACCAAUAAUGCCUUCUCAGGGGUGGCCACAUACACGGACAAGUUGUUCAAGUUCCGCAACAGCAGGUGGGAAGACAUCCUGAGUGACGAGGUCAACGUGGCCCGCGGAGUAGCCAGCCUCUUCGCUGGGCGUUCUGUGGCCUGCGUGGAUAGGACGGGCUCCGGACGCUACUCCAUCUACAUCGCCAACUAUGCCUACGGUAACGUGGGCCCCGAUGCCCUCAUUGAAAUGGACCCUGAGGCCAGUGACCUCUCCCGGGGCAUUCUGGCGCUCAGAGAUGUGGCUGCAGAGGCUGGGGUCAGCAAGUAUACAGGCGGCCGAGGUGUCAGCGUGGGCCCCAUCCUUAGCAGCAGCGCCUCCGAUAUCUUCUGCGACAACGAGAAUGGGCCCAACUUCCUCUUCCAUAACCGGGGUGACGGCACCUUCGUGGACGCGGCAGCCAGCGCUGGUGUGGAUGACCCCCACCAGCACGGGCGAGGUGUUGCCCUGGCGGACUUCAACCGUGAUGGCAAGGUGGACAUUGUCUACGGCAACUGGAACGGCCCCCACCGCCUCUACCUGCAGAUGACCGUCCACGGGAAGGUCCGCUUUCGGGACAUCGCCUCACCCAAGUUCUCCAUGCCCUCCCCCGUCCGCACAGUCAUCGCCGCCGACUUCGACAAUGACCAGGAGCUAGAGAUCUUCUUCAACAACUUCGCCCACCGAAGCUCAUCGGCCAACCGCCUCUUCCGCGUCAUCCGCAGGGAACACGGCGACCCCCUCAUUGAGGAGCUCAACCCUGGAGAUGCCUUGGAGCCUGAGGGCCGGGGCACAGGGGGUGUGGUGACAGACUUCGAUGGAGAUGGGAUGCUGGACCUCAUCUUGUCCCACGGAGAGUCCAUGGCUCAGCCGCUGUCCGUCUUCCGGGGGAAUCAGGGCUUCAGCAACAACUGGCUCCGAGUGGUGCCGCGGACCCGGUUUGGGGCCUUCGCCAGGGGGGCGAAGGUCGUGCUCUACACCAAGAAGAGCGGGGCCCACCUGAGGAUCAUCGACGGGGGCUCGGGCUACCUGUGCGAGAUGGAGCCCGUGGCGCACUUCGGCCUGGGGAAGGACGAAGCCAGCAGCGUGGAGGUCACGUGGCCCGACGGCAAGGUGGCAAGCCGGAACGUGGCCAGCGGGGAGAUGAACUCGGUGCUAGAGAUCCCCUACCCCCAGGAUGAGGACAGACUGCAGGACCCAGCCUCGCUGGAGUGCGGCCAAGGAUUCUCCCAGCAGGAAAAUGGCCAUUGCAUGGACACCAAUGAGUGCAUCCAGUUCCCGUUCGUGUGCCCUCGAGACAAGCCCGUGUGUGUGAACACAUAUGGGAGCUACAGGUGUCGGACCAACAAGAGGUGCAGCCGGGGUUACGAGCCCAACGAGGAUGGCACAGCCUGUGUGGCUCAAGUGGCCUUUUUAGGUGGGUAUCCUUCUGCAGCCUUUAGAAUCUCUGAGCCUCUCUCUUGGGCCUCAUGCCUUUCUCUAGGCCUCGGACUUUGCCUUCAGUUAUAUGCAUUAUAAAUCCCAUCAAUAAAG